AUGGCUGACGUCAGCCUGCCGGACUACGUCUUCUGCAACUCCUCCUCGUUCUCGCCCUUCUCCCUCUUCGGAGGCGCGCCUCCGCAGUCUACGGCGUCGUCCGAGCCCACGACGACCACCCAAGCGCGCGGCACCCGCGCUUCUCGCCGCACCCUCUUCCUCGCCGCCCAGCAGCAACAGCAGCUCCGCCGUAGUUCGGCUUCGAUCCCGCGCUCGCCCACCUUUCCCGCCACUCUUCCUCCGCAGGUGACCCCGCGGUCGCCGCCACCACUGCCUACUUCACCACCGGCCCAGGCCCAGGCCCAGGCCGCCACGGUCGACGGACUGGUUCGGGAGCCGUCGCUGAUGUCGCUGCCGGCCAGCCUCGUGUCCCAGUUCUCCUCCGGCGAUCUCACCUCCACGUCGCCACCAUCGUCGCAGCCAUCGCCGCCUCCGCAGCCGACGACCACGGCGCCCGGCUGCCUCACCUCGCUCCCCCUGUCCACGUCAUCGUCGUCACUGCCGCCGCUGCCGCCGUGGCCACUGGUGCCGUCGCAGUCGCAGUCGCAGUCAAACGACGGCGACGGGCCGCAGUCGCUGCCCGCGGACUUCGAAGAUGAUGGCAUGGACUGCGAGGCCAAGCGCGGCCGCAAGCGCCAGCUCGGGGACCAGGAGGAAACCGACGAUGAAGAAGAAGAAGAAGAGGAAGAAGAAAGUCUCGUCAUCAGGGAGGAAGAGGAGGAAGACAACGCGCCCCAACCGAAGCAAAAGAAACAGAAGACCGACAAGGAAUUAUCUGGAGCGAUUGUACAGUCACCGCGGAAAUGA